AUGGUCAGCUUAAUCAAUGUUUGUCUAAUAUUUGUAGUAAUUGUUUAUUGCACUAGUUUUGUGUCAUCAUUAACAUUGGAUCUGAACAAUCUGUUUAAUUCAGAAUUUAAUACAUUAAAAAUUGUUGAAAAUGGAAUAAUCAAGACCACGAUAUUCUCAACAGCAGAUAGACCAAUAACCAAAAUACGGAAAGGAUCUAAAGUGAUCUGGCAGGCCCUUUCCGGUGAGUCUGCGAAAUCCAUUACUCAUAUUUCAUCUAAAUGGUCUAAAAGUAUGGUUAUGACUAUUGAGGUUGAUAAUCAUGUUAAUGAUGAUAUGUAUUAUAUUUGUAAAACUCGUUCGGACUAUAAAUAUGUAACUAAGGAAAUAUUUGAUGAGGAAUUUGUAGAACUUUACAAAACUUUCAUUAGUAUGAAUGAAAGAUAUUCUAAGCGUUCACAUAAACGUAAGAAACCAAAGGACGAUACUGACAACACUCAGAUACCCAAAAAACGUGGUAAGCCUAGGAAAAUUCCAGCUGAACCACCUGGACAAACUGAAUUAGAACAACAACAACCUCCUGAAAAUCAACAAUUAGAACCUGAUACCAUUCGGGUAGAAAUGGGGACUGAUGAUGAGGAUGAAUCAACUGAUACAGCAUCAGAAGACCUAAAUGAAGAGCAAAGAAAACAUCUAAUAAUGGAGAGGAUCAAUUUUGUUGUUUCAUCAGACGGUGAUAGUGACAUGGAUAUCGAUGAACCUACAAAUCCCCAGAUCAUACAAUCUGAUGCAAUUACCCAAACUGAACCACCAAACGAACAGAGCGAAAUUCAGACCGAACAUGUAUUAGAAUCUGAAAUUGUAGAUAAGGAGCUGAUACCCAAUAAACAUCUAAAUAAAGGAUCACUAGAAUUUUCUGAUGACGAAUUAGAAUCCGAAAUUAUUCAAGUGAAUUUGGGAUUAGAUACUGAUGAUGAAGAACCUUUAAUAAUUACAACCCAUAUACCAACCAACAAACCUGCUCAACCACAACCUCAACCACAACCACAACCUCAACAGCUAGAGCCUGAGGUUGUUCAAGUGGCGGUGGAAUCAGAAGAUGAUGAAGAGUGCAGUGAGGUACAACAACUUCAACCAUCAAUUGAUAAUAGUAUGUUAUUAUCUGAAGCAGUAUUUAACCAAGAGGUAGAGAAUUUGUUGGAAACUGACUUUGAUGAUAUGGGAUUAUCAAAAACAGAGCUUGAUUCAUUAUUCUACAAGACAACCGAUGAAUCCAGUCCUGAAGAUGGUGAUGAAUCAUAAUGGGACUGGUUUGAAACAACCGAUAGAACCCUUUUGAUAGAUAAUAAAAGAGAUGAAUAACAUUUUGAGAAACUAAAGCAGAGUUAGUAGAUUUAAAUUAGAUAUCAGUGAUAUUUAAUAAGCCAAAUUGAGGCUUAAAAUAAUACUAAAUUAAAACUGUCUUAAUGUUUAAUUAAUUAUAAAAGGAUUUGUAAAAUUAGAUUAUUGUUAUAUUAGAUUUAAAUUAAAAAUAAAUUGAAAAAUCUGGAUUGUGCAUAAUCAGGGUCAUAUGAAGUGUAAAAUAGUUAUAAAUUCC